AUGGCCCUGGAGCGCCAAACCGCCACGCUCCCACCGGCACAGCCCACUGCCAUUCUCCGCGGCCAUGCCUCGCACAUCCACGCAACUUUGUUUGUUCGCCAGAACAGUCGUUUGUUGACGGGCGACGCAGAUGGCUGGGUCGUCCUCUGGAAUGUUCAGACGAAGCGACCAACUGCUGUCUGGCCAGCUCACGAUGGCCCCAUCCUAGGUUUCGCCCAAUGGGGAGAUGCAAAGAUCAUAACAAUAAGAGUCUGGCGACUUGCACUCGAAGACGAGACAGAGAAACUUUCAUCAACAUUACCUGAAGAUGGGAACCGAGAACAUACGCCCAAACCGUGGCUUCUUCACUCGCUUCCCGUCAACACUCUCAACUUCUGCUCUUUCUCCAUGGGCUAUCAGCAUCCUCCAGCCUCUAUCGCAGAGGAUAACUCCAUCUUUGUGGCAGUUCCGUCAACGGACGACAAGGUGAUCGACGUGUAUAGCUUCCCUGGUGAGCUACUCAAGGUCAGGAUCCCACAGAUACGGACCGUCGAAACAGGCAUGGUUAUGGCCGUGAAAUUUGUUCGCAAUAGAGCCACGCAAAGACUUCUCCUGCUCGCAGGGUAUGAAGGCGGAGUCACUGCAGCAUUCAAGCUGGCUAAAGAGCACCCCGACACGAGCGUAGGGACCGCCCAGCUUGUUUACCUUAGUCAACCCCAUUCUCAGCCAAUUCUGUCGUUGGACGCUUCGCCAGAGGGCGACUUUUAUUACACAUCCUCGGCAGAUGCUAUAAUAGCCAAGCAUCAGAUACCGGAGUUGCCAUCUAUUCCAGGUAAAGAAGACAAUGAGCUAUCUGUACCGUCUUCGGAUCCUUUCACAAAGCACCCUGUUGAUCAGGCGAGCUCCAAGAAAGCGACACCCAGCGGUCUAUCUUCACUGCUUUCGUCGGCCGCACCGCUACCGAAGUUUAAGCCUGCUCCCCCAGUCCAGAAAGCGGUCAGCUUACAAGCCCCGUACAAAACAACAGACACCAAACACGCAGGUCAACAGUCGCUCCGUGUCCGCUCGGAUGGCAGGCUUCUGAUUACCGGUGGUUGGGACUCACGGAUCCGCAUAUACAGCACCAAGACGCUCAAGGAAGUUGCCGUGCUAAAGUGGCACAAGGAAGGUGUCUACUCCACUGCAUUCGGUGAGAUUCUUACACAAGAUGAGAUAGGGUGCGGAGAUGGGGCUGUCAACAAGCGGCAAAGAGACCGUGAGAAGCAGUCGAAGCUUAAACACUGGGUCGCUGCAGGAGCUAAAGACGGGAAAGUCAGUUUGUGGGAAGUGUUCUGA